AUGGAUUCUCGGGCUCCACAAAAACCGUGGGAGAGGCUGAUCCCCGGGGCCAUGACUGCGCCCGUAAAUUUCAGAUCUUCAGACUUCGCCUCCUCUCUGCCUCCCGCCCCCGGUCCUGCUCCCCCCUUGCUGACGCGGGUGGCUCCUCCUCUUCCUCCUCGACCGGCUGCGCAGACGUACCGCCCUGCGUACUCCUCCUACAGCGCCCCCUACGGCUCUAGCUCCUUCUACUCCCCUGGGUACUCCUCUGGAUACUCCCCCUACGGCUACAGUUCAGGCUUCGGCUCAGGCCUCGGCUCGGGCUUUGGCUCGGGUUUGGGCGCAUAUGGCCGCUUGCCACUGCGCCCUGAGGAGGUGGCGCCCAGCCGCUUCGUGCUUCAGGCCGAGGAGAGCAGCCGCGGCGCCUUCCAAUCCAUCGAAAGUAUUGUGCACGCGUUCGCCUCCGUCAGCAUGAUGAUGGAGGCCACGUUUUCCGCCGUCUACAACAGCUUCCGUGCCGUUCUGGACGUGGCCAACCACUUCAGCCGGCUGCGCGCACACUUGACCCGCGUGCUGUCGGCGUUUGCGCUGGUGCGGACACUGCGGUACCUGUACAGAAGACUGCAGCGCCUCCUGGGGAGGAGAGGGGACUGCGAGGCCAACGACCUGUGGGCUGAGAGCGCAAGCGACGCCUUAGCCGGAGCUGCUGUCGGAGGCACGCACGAGCCGCCUGUCAAGUCGUGGCCCAUCUUCCUGUUCUUCGCCGUGAUCCUGGGAGGUCCCUUUCUCAUCUGGAAACUGCUGAGUGCCGCAACGGACACAGAAAGAACAGAGUCGCAGUGGGCGAGUGGAGAGGACGAUCAUGUCGUGGCCAGAGCAGAGUUUGACUUCACUGCUGCUUCAGACGAGGAGAUCUCUGUGAGAGCGGGAGACCUGCUCCACCUGGCUCCUAAAGAGCUGCAGCCCAGAGUGCGUGGCUGGCUCCUGGCCUCAGUGGACGCUCAGACCUCGGGGCUCGUUCCCUCAAACUAUGUGAAAGUCCUGGGGAAACGCAGAGGCCGAAGACACGCCCCCACAGAAGCCACGCCCAACACUGCAGCACAAACCCCCUCUCCACCUGUUCUUCUGACUGCCCCCCCACCCGUCACUCUGAUUGCCCCCCACAGCCUGGUGCACCUGGAGGAGCAGCUGGAGCAGGUCUACGGAGAGGCCCCCAGCUCCAGCUCAGUCAUAAACAUACAGGAGAAGGAUGAAAACACUGCUAUCCACAAGCAGCUGGUGCCCCCAUGGAUCUACCGGGGAGGCGGAGCGGGGCAUGGCGCAGAGGAUGCCCAGGACGGGGGCUUCAUGACCGGCCUGUCUCUGCGGCAGACCGGGGGUUUAUGGGCUGCAGACUGUAAAAUGCGGCGAUUCAGCUCGGACAACAAUAACUUCCCGUGCGAUAACCACGCCCUGGUGUUGGACCUGGUUCUGGGGUCUCUGUGGGGGGUCCCUCAGCCGAUCCACUGGGACAAUGUGGCCAAACUGGUGCCUGGUUUCACUUCCAAGGAGUGUGCGCUGAGGUUUGAGGAGCUGAAGGAGUCCGGCUCCAUCCCACCUUUAGGCCACGAGUGCCACAGCAGGACUGAAGACACCAGCUCCUCUGCAGGAACCAGGAGCACGGAGAGAGGAGAGGAGGAGGAGGGACGAGAAGAGAGCAAGCACACAGUGGUCCGUAAGCCUUCGAUCUCUGGGAGAGCGUGUUCUGUGGAAAAGAAGGAGAAGCGAGUCACCAUCGAGGAGGACGGGAAACAACAGAAACCAAAGGACCCCAACAUGGUGAUCCACGUGUGUGACGAGUCCAAGAGCCUGAAGCAGGACUUCCUGUGUCCUCGUGAGCUGCUGCUGAAGGAGAUGAGAUACUUCUCUGAGUAUCUGUCUGAGGACACUCAGCGCUGGGACGAGCUCGAUAUCUCUGUGCACUGUGACGUCCACAUCUUCCACUGGCUCAUGACCUACGUCAGGAGGAACUCUGCAGGAGAGGGCCGGGACAAGCCCCGUCUGGAACCCAGUAACGUGAUCUCCAUCUUGAUCUCCUCUGAGUUUCUGAAGAUGGACACUUUGGUAGAAGAGUGUAUCCAGUACUGCCACAAACACAUGAGCGCCAUCGUGUCUACUCCCUGCAACAUGAACUGCAUCAACGCCAACCUGGCAACCCGCAUCUCUGACCACUUCAGCCACAACGAGGCCGACGACAUCCGGGACAAGAAGGACAAGUUCAAGAGUAAACUGUUUCAGAAGAAGAUCGAGCGUCUGUUUGAUCCACUGCAUCAGAACAAGGACUCACCCGGGAACGCCUCCACUCUCUACAGGUGUGGUUUGUGUCGCAAACUUCUGACCAGAGACACAGAGAGGAAGAUUCCCUGUGUCCCCGGCAAGAUCAACGUGGACCAGCGAGGGGACAUCAUCUACACACACAGCAGGCAUAAGAGCUGGGAUGUGCACGAGUUCCUGUCGGACCAGUUUGAAGAGCUGAAGUCCUGGGUCCUGGUUUAUUGGAGACUGUGGGGGACCAUCAACCACCUCACCUGCUCCAGGUGUCAACAGGUGUUUGUGUGCUCCGAGCUGACCCAGUGUCGGUACCACCCCGACAGUGUCCAGUACCCAGGGGCAGCGGAGAAGGGUGGGCACGGGACGGGACUGUACCCCUGCUGUGGCCAAAGGGUCCUCAGAUUUGACCCCACCGCCAUGCCCAAGGGCUGUAGGAUGAGAGAUCACAUCGUGAGUCUUCCAGACGAAGAAGAAACUCAGACCAGAGUCCUGAACGACCUCCUGCUGCAUCGAGACGCUGUGUGUGUGACUGCAGCAAGCCUCAGGAAGAAGCCAACGACCAGAUCCGCCACGCUCAAAACUCCACAAGACAAUGAACGGUCCAUCUCAGUCGCUGUAACCCCCUCCUCCUCUGUCUCCCUUCCAGUGACGCCUCAGCUGUUCCUGGGAGGUGUGGGGAGCGUGCACGAGGCUGUGUGA